UUCAGAACGAGAAGCGCAGCAUGACAGGAACAAAGUGUGGAGGACACUGAAUUUUGCAUUAAUCGGGGACAGUGGACUUAUGUGGCUCCAAGGAGAGAAAGUGUUUUACCUUCGUCGUGCAGUCGCCUGUGGCUCGAGAGUCGAAUUCAGUUUACCGCUUUCAUCGUGGCGAACCUUUAGCUUGAUGUACACGCGACGCAGUGCUCCCACAUGCGAUUAUAUCUUGAUCUUUAAAACAAUGAUUUUUCUUAGAAGCAGUUUUCAUCGUUUUGCGUAAAAAUUUACUGAUUUUUAUGGAAUAAUUGAUAAAACGAGUAGCAGUAUUCGCAUCUGAUAUCGGUGUGGAGCACCAUAAAUUUGAGAGGUUGCCGAGUGAAAUCAGUGCGUCGAGUGAUCAUUCGUGUCAAAGCAUUCACAUUUUUUUAGAUCCACGAAUCGGAAUCUUCUCCAUUCAUUCCAAGUAUAAAUACUCCCAGACGUAAUUAUUGUAAAAUUCUCACUAAAAUGUUGAUGUUAAUCGUUAUGUGGGUGCUCGUUGCCCUGAUCAUGCUGUCGGCGAUCCUCGAUCCCGUGAGUCGAGUUUCUCGCGCACUCUGGGAAAUACUCGUGCCAAUUUUCGAUCGAACGCCCGUCGAUCUCAAAGCGAAAUUCGGCGAGUGGGCAGUGGUCACCGGCUCAACCGAUGGGAUUGGCAAAGCUUACGCAAAAGAGCUCGCCUCGCGCGGCAUUAAUCUGAUCCUAAUCAGUCGAACCUUAGCCAGACUCGAGAAUACGAGGAAUGAAAUUCUCGAGGUCAAUCCAAAAAUCGAGGUCCGAAUAAUCGUCGCGGAUUUCAGCAAAGGCAGAGACGUCGCGGAAGAUAUAGCUAAAAAACUGGCAAAUCUUCCAGUUGGAAUUCUUGUUAAUAACGUGGGAAUGCAGUAUUCCUACCCGAUGUACGUUGGUGAGGUGCCUCAGGACGAUCUAUGGGACAUUAUUAACGUGAACGUGGGUGCAACGACCCUCAUGACAAGAAUCACAAUAAAUGGGAUGAAGGAGCGGGGCAAAGGUGCUAUUGUCAACGUAUCAUCGGGCUCGGAACUUCAGCCUUUACCACUCAUGACUGUUUACGCAGCAACGAAAAUCUACGUCAAGAGCUUCUCCGAGGCGUUGAGAGCGGAGUACGAAAAAUUUGGCAUCACCAUCCAACAUCUUACUCCACUCUUUGUCAAUACGAAGAUGAAUGCUUUCAGUCAAAGACUUCAGGUUUCUAGUCUCUUCGUACCUGAUGCGACAACAUAUGCGAAAAACGCGGUCGUCACACUGGGCAAAAUCGACUCGAGUACCGGUUACUGGGCGCACGGGGUACAAAUAUUUUUCACCCUGAUUCCACCGGUGUGGAUAAGGACGAAGAUCGGUCAGAUGAUGAAUCAGUCGUUGCGGGAGGAUUACUUCAAACAGAAGACAUCAUAAGUGGAGAUGAAGAAAAUGCCCUAUUUCCUGGACAAGUAAAGGUUUGAGAAUGGUUUCACCGCAUUCAGUGGAUGACAUUAAAAAUGUGUGUAACAUAAUUUUUUUUACAUUUGUACAUUUAUUAUCUUCAAAGGUUGUUUUUUUACUAUUAAAUCAAAUACCGAAGUGUAAUCACCAGCUUUUGGUUUGUUUGUAACACAAUAUUAUCGAGUGCACGCCAAUCAAUAAAUAUUAAUUAGUACCAAUA